AUGAGAAAUUAAUCUGUAAAAUAAGAAACUAGUUUAAUAACAAAAAAGAAAUACAUUAAAGCAAAAAUUGACUUUCAGAAAUAUAGCUUUAUGGAAAACAGAUAGAAUUACUAAAGUCUAACAUGCUCUACUCAAUAAGAUUCUAAUAGCAGCAGCAACAUAUAGUUUUAGUCUCUUAGACAACUUUCUCCAACUGAUUAAGCUGACAAAAUAAGUAAGUAUCUAUAGUUACAUUAUUAGAGGAUCAACCAAUUAAGAUUUCUUCAUAAAAAUUGAUUAAAAUGAACUCAAGAGAAUUUUAAGAUCCCAACAAAAUUAAGAAAGGGGGUUUUUAUAAAAAAAUUUCACCAUAAGUUAAUCUGAAUCAUGACAAUAUUGAAGUUACUUUUGUUAGAGGAUUCAAUCUCUACAAUGAAUCAGAUCGAAUGGAAGAGAAAAAAAAAAGUUUGAAAAUCGAUAAAGAAGUGACAAUUUAAGAAAUAUCUAAUCCAAAAGUUUAAGUCAAAAGUUCCCGUAGAUUUACUAAUGACAAUGCUUAAUUUUAAGCAUCUGUAAAUAAAGGUAUUUUAAGUUGUUACAAAACUCUUUUCUUAAAGGAUCAACCAAAAAAAGAUUAAAUAUCUUUAUGUUUUACAAAUCAACCAUUAAGUGCCAGAACGUAGAAAAUCAAUUUAAAGUAAUACAAAUGA